AUGGAUAUGCUUGCAUCAAGGUACAGAUUGACUGAAACACCAAUGAGAUACACUAACCAUCACAAAAGAAAACCUUUGGAUUCUCUUACUACUACAAAGUAUUAGUACCCAUAAGUUGUCAAGUCAAGCCAGUUCAGACAAGAUUAUAAGGAGGAAAAACCAAUUCCAAAAGAAAUCUUUAAUCUCGAGAGAGAACACAGAAUAAUAAAUCCUCAUAAAAUGCAAUUACUGACAAUGACUUAAACAGACUUCAAACCAUUUGUUGCUCCACCAAGAGUAAAGACUCCUAAAGAGGGAUUUAUGACUAAUGCUCCCUCUACUAUAAAGUCAGACUACAAAAGUGAUUACCCUGACUGGGGAGCAAAUCCUAUUUUCAGAGAAAAAAGGCCAUAAUACCCAUUUUAUGCUUUAUAAUUUAAAGGUAACACUUCUUACAAAGAUGGGUUCCAAAAAAAAGAGAAGACUAAGACUGUCUAAGAUUAAAUGAGGGAGACAUCGAAUUCAAGAAUGUCUCGAAUAAAGUAAAUUUCUCAUUAUUUUCAUUAGCUUAGAAUUUAAACAUAUGUGCCAGCUUAAUUUACAUUCUAAACUUCAAUGUAGUCAGAUUAUCAACCAUUCACUGUUAAGUCAGUACACAUAAAGCAAAGCCUUUUAGAGAAGCAGAUGUGCAAACCUAAAUCAUCGAUUGAUGUCAGAGAUUCGAGGAAAAGCAAGACUCCGCAGAUACAUUAUACUACUACUCAAAAGUUAAAUUAUACAAAACAUAACUACAAGCCACCAUAGGUGGAUUAUAUUCCUUAUCCUUGA